AUGGCGGACGGAGGAGCAGCGAGUCAAGAUGAGAGUUCAGGACCAGAUGCUAAAGUGAAUAAUCAGUCAGAAACUACUAAAUGUGCAAUGGAAAGUGGUGACGGGAACACCGGAAUCCAAAUCAAUGGGUUUGACUUUCAGAGGCAGACGAUGCCGGCAAUCACUAACGCACACGCACAAGCCCUCCUCCAACAGUCUAAGUCGGAAGACUCGAGCGCUCUUCCGACCUCCGUCCAGCAGAGCGUAUUGCCUCAAACCCAGCUAAUGUUGUCCGGGGGACAGAUUGCAGGAUUGACCCUGACCCCGGCGCAGCAGCAGAUGUUGCUCCAGCAGGCCCAAGCUCAGCUGCUGGCUGCAGCCGUGCAGCAUUCAGCCAGCCAGCAGAACAGCACCACCGGGGCCAGCAUCUCGGCCUCCGCAGCCGCACCCAUGAGCCAGCUGCCCAUGUCACAGCCCAUCCAGAUCGCCUCUCAGCUACAGCCGCAGAAUCUAAGCCUGCCUCAGUUUGUUCUGCUGCAGCCCGGCCACCCGAUCGCCACUCUACAGCAGCCCACUCAGUUCAUCAUCUCACAGCCAACGCAGGCCCAACAGGGCCUAUUGCAAGCCCAGGGUCUUCUGAAUCUACCUCAAAGCCAAGCUAACCUCCUGCCGACUCAACAAAGCAUCACCCUCACAACUCAGCCUGCGACUCCAACCCGCACAACAGCAGCCACACCUAUUCAGUCCCUGGCCCACAGUCAAACUACACCCAAACGGCUAGACACCCCCACCUUGGAGGAGCCCAGCGAUCUAGAGGAACUGGAACAGUUCGCCAAGACCUUCAAACAGAGGCGCAUCAAACUGGGCUUCACACAGGGGGACGUUGGCCUGGCCAUGGGGAAGCUGUAUGGAAACGACUUCAGCCAAACGACCAUCUCUCGCUUUGAGGCCUUGAAUCUGAGCUUUAAGAACAUGUGCAAACUGAAGCCAUUGCUGGAGAAGUGGCUCAACGAUGCAGUUUGUGCAGAGAGCCUGACGUCUGACCAGUCCCUGUCCAGCCCCAGUGCCCUGGGCUCCCCCGGCAUGGGCAUAGAGGGGAUCAACCGCAGACGGAAGAAGAGGACCAGUAUUGAGACCAACAUCCGAGUGGCCUUAGAAAAGAGUUUUCUGGAGCAGAACCAAAAACCUACCUCUGAAGAGAUCACCAUGAUCGCUGACCAGCUCAACAUGGAGAAGGAGGUGAUUCGGGUCUGGUUCUGCAAUCGCCGGCAGAAAGAGAAGAGGAUUAACCCCCCCAGCAGCUGCAUCAGCGGAAUAGGCAGCACCCCCAUUAAAACCAUCUUUACCCCCAGUAGCCCUUUGGUGGCCAGCACAGCAAGCCUUGUGAGCAGUCCGACGAUUAACACAUCCACCACUCUGACUGUAAACCCAGUGAUGCCUCUCACCAGCGUCUCCAAUUUGUCUUUCACAGGCACAAACACUGCAUCCGUCAUCUCCGCUGCGACGCCGAUUUUUACCACGGCCAGCUCUCCGUCUUUAAGUCCCUCGCCGACGACCAUUCUGUCCAAUAACUCGGAGAGCAAGAUGCAAACCAUCUUCAACCAGAUCCCGACAAACAUCCUGGGAUCGGGGCAGCUGAUGGUGUCGGCGUCGGGGCUGUCGGCGGCGCUGCAGGGUGCACAGUUACCCGGCAGCUUUGCCGCUAUGGCUGCUGCUGCCGGGCUCAAUUCGGGACUGAUGGCGUCCUCCCAGUUCACUCAGGGGGGGGCCCUGCUCAGUCUGACCGGCGGCCUCGGCGGCGUGCUGAGUCCUGCCCUCAUGAACAACAACACCUUGGCGACCAUCCAAGGCGUGUAUCAAUCGCUGGCUUCGAGUGGCAUCACUUCUCUGGAUGGCAGCAACCUGCUGUUCGCCAACACUUCUGCCGGCACGCCGAUCUUCCUGACCCCCCAGAACCUGUCGCUGCUCACCGGCUCGCCCCUCAGCCUGGUGUCGGCCGGGCCGGGGGGGCUGCAGAUCAUUGCUGACGCUCAUCAUCAAGCCACCACGGCGGCCGUGCCUGUUCAAACCUCGACCAUUACCACUGCCUCCAAGGCUCAGUGAAGCCAGCCGGGCGGCGUCCUGAAUUAAGGGCCCUAUUCCUUCUGUCGUGCACUACCUUCACACCAUGUAGGGAAUAGGGAGGCUGUUGGCUAUAGGCUCUGCGCUUCACUAACCUCCCCACAUUCUUUCCACUGUAUCUAUCAUUAUUUAAUCCUUUUGCUGCCACCAAAAAGAAAACGACCUCAAAUGAGGUUGAGGUUGACUUUUUUUAUUUUGUUUUUUGUUUCCUGUUUUCUUUUAUGAUUCUUGGAUGUUGUUUUCCCACAAACAGUCGCCAGAUGGACACUGUUGUUGACCUGCCGCUCCUCAUGAACCUUGAAAAGUGUCCAGGGAAAAGAAUAUAUAUCCUCGGCACCAUCAAGCGGUUCAUAUUUUAUAUAUAUAUAUAUAUAUCCCCAUAUUUCCAUGUCAGAAUUUUGUCUGUAAUACUUCUAACCAAAAACUUUAGGAUUUUGCUCUUUUAACAUUCAAACUAAACAAUUUACUACUAAUUUUACUCUAUUCAUCAUCACUAAUGGGGAUUUGUGUGUCACCCCAUCUUUAAUGAAUUCUUGUAUUUUUUUUGGACAGGCCUUGACGUAAAUCAUAUCAGUUAAAUUUGUAGAGACUUUUUAUUUUUUCUUUGCAGUUUUGUUUUUUUACAUUUUCAGAACUUUGUAAGUCUAAUAUCAGUUCAAAUUUAACGAUCAAUUUUUAAUCGUGGUUAUAAGGCUUUAAAAACAAGUAAUAAGUGGCCGAUAAAGGUUGUCAUUGCUUUAAGGCUCAGAGGGACGGGACGCGUCUCUCUGAGCCUCCUUCUGGAAACACUGAGUUUCUCACUUUGCUGCCGUGGCAACGAGGCUCCUGUGCUUUUGUAUCAUGACGGAUUAUAGACACUGAUAGACAACGACUGAGAACGUUGCGUUGAGAGCUUUAUAAAGAGCUGCAGACAUGUGGUCCUGUGUCGGAUUAAGGGUGAUUUUGUUUUGGAUGGUAACCUAUUGGAAAACUGUACAUUUAGUUUGGAUUCAGAGAGUCUGCAUGCGUCGUCUACAGCAGCCGAUGCUGAGAGGUCAGGACCUGCACGAUCCACGAGGACCGGCCGGUUAUGGGGAGGACUAGUCGGGGGGCGUGGUCAUUAUACCAAAGUAUGGUGGCAUUGGCUAGAUGGGGUUUAUUGUAUUGUGUUUUUGUUUAAUUUCUUUUUGAUCGUAGUACCGUCGUAUCUACUUGUGCACAGUAUCUGUACCAAAAAACUGGAUUGAUGAGCUGCAGUCUGCCUGUCUUGGGAGGAAUGAAAUUCUGUCUUUUUAUUUGUCUGCAGUCGUCGGACUGGCUCACGUACUUUAAGAUAUACCAAAAAUAUUUGUUAAAAUAAUUGCUGUGUGUCGUCGGUGUAGUCUAGUCGAUAUAUUUAUGAGUACAAUAUCUCUCUUCAUUGUCAACAGAAUAUAGAAAUGCAAUAUUUUGAUGAUCAUUUUCCAAAGAUGACCUUUUUUUCUUAUUAUUUGACAAGUGCUCAACUUUUUUUAAUUGGCAGCACAACUGACCAAAAAGAGCGUGGUUGGCAGGUUGGGGCACGAGAAAGUAGUUUCCUUUACCUUUAAAACCCUUUUUUUUUAUCCCGGACCCCCGCCCCCCCUGACACCUGCUUCUGGUUACCGCUCAGCCAUUUGAUGGCUUUGUUUUCCUUUUCACCUUUUUUGGCUUUUUCCGGUAGCAGUUUGGGACUCUUCUGAAGUGCAAUGGAAUAGUUCCUUUUCUUAGUUUUUUUAUAUACUAAUAAUUAGCCAUGAAUUAACAGCUUCAACCAAAGUGGUUUUCCUCAGUAGUUUCUGUACCUGUCCGAGCACGCAAGUUGACGUUGCAAGUUGACGUUGCUGAUAAAUUAUUUUCCCCCUUUCUCCCACCUCGGUCGAUACCGGAUAUUCCUGAUUUGGUGCUGCCGGAUAAGGAUCACAGAAACUUUGCUUUAACAACUCGCUGCUGAAACAACUGGUGGCGUUGAGAGGCCCCGCAUGCUCGCCUAUAGCUUUACGACCACAGCCUGUGAGAAUCAGGCUUUACGGUUACGACCGCCCUCCCUCCCAGAGGGCUCGCUUCUAGAAAAUGCAUCGACUGGAUCGUCGGAUAACAACAACCAUUUUGAACCAGCAUGCUAUCUAAACACCCCCCGCUCCCCUAAAUCUGUCCGCGGACUAGUUCUGUUCGGUGCUGCACAUCCAACCAACCCACUCGCAGCACGGAGCAUCGUUCUGCGUCCAGAAACCAAUGAAUUCCCACCGUGACGAUGCAUCACUGAGGUCAUAACUGAUCUUUCCAUGUUAUCCGCCGGUGUACUUCUUUUCUGUUGUUGACUUAUUUUGACUGAAUAUACCUCAGCAGCACUGAAACAUAAAGUUCACCUUUAGGCAUUUCUGUGUAUAGAACAGUGUAGAAUGUAUAAUUACGGUCUGGCUCGCCAUUCAAAGUUUAUACUGAUCAACCAUACAUAGGAACCACACAUGAAAGGACAACCUACUACUGCUAUUUUCUAGUACUACUAUUUAUGGGGUAUUUCCAGGUUUAAUUAUUAUUUUGAGAUUUUGAGAUCCUUCUUGCCAAAGUAAAAGCCUUUCUCUUUGCAGCUCGGCGGGUGUCUGGCUGGUUUCCCCGUCUUUAAGGAGCCGGUCCUGUUCCAGUGCUCUUGGUAGUUCCUAAAGAGUUGAACGUGUUGCCAUCGCCACCGUAGGAUGUUACUGAAAUAUUUAUCUGAAUUAGAGAAACGAUCUUUUCUUAAUUCUAUACAUAUAAAUAUAUAUAUAUAUAAACACGUGAAAGAUAUUCAUAUUUUAUAUUUGAACCGGUAUGUUAUCAAGACUGAAUGUAGUGUUUAUCAUGCUUAAUCGGGAAAAAAAAGACAAAAACUCCCCCAAAUGUUCCUUUUUUUGUUGCUAAUUUCUUUUUUCCGAAAAACUGAUGACCAAAAAAAUAAGAGAAUAAAUCUGAGACCACGCCUCCGGCGGCGCGUGAGUCGCUGACACCUGCAAGGUCUCUUCAACAGGAAGUGUUUGUUCAGGCGCUCCUGACUCUGAAGCAUCUGAUCUUAACCUUUUUAAUAGAUUAUUAUUUGUAGUCGUUGUGGACUUGAUUUUUUUGUGCUGUCUUUAACAAUCAUUUUUAAAAAAUCUUUUUUUUCUAUAUAUAUAUAUUACUUUAUGCCUUUUAAAAAUUGUUUUGUAUAGUGAGAGGACAAGAUCACUGGCUUUCUUAGUUUGACAAAGAAGAUUAACAUUAUCAUUUAUGCCUUAUUGUUACGUAGAAGACAUGAGCAUUGUAGCGCGUGUGUGUGUGUGUGUGUGUGCUUGAGCACAUCUGGUGCAUCGUUUUCACUGAAACUAAACCGUGUACUUUGGGCAUUUUGGAGCGUGGGAUGAUGAUGAUGUCGCUACCUGUGAUUUUCGGUGCGACUCCGACAGGUCGAGGACACUUGCGAGAAAAGCUUUACUAAUAUUUCCAGCAGGUGGGUGCGUGUGUCAGAGUCUUUAUAAAGAGAGAAUAGGAAGGGCCGUCUGCAAAACCAUUAUGGUGCAUGUCCAUCUUUCACCUGGCGUUUGAGAGUGAUUUUAAAAAAACAUGGCGAGACAUCAGAGGACUGAUUCAGACACUACUGAUUAACGGAGGCCUGAAGCCAGGUCAGGGGUCAAAGUACAGCUUGUGGUCCUAGUUGGACGGUUUAAUCUCGACUAAUGAUUUUAACUGACGUCCUUUUUGCCGCCAGCUUUGUUUUUUCGUGCUUUUGUGUGAUUUCGGCGACCCAGAGAGUCGGCGACGCUCUGGUGGAUCAGCCGGGAAUCGAGUUGGAGUUUGUCGACCCGCCGAGUGCGGCGCACCGGUUUAGGCAACAGGAGCUGUUGUAUACCUCAUUUCUAACUCGCGACUGAGUGAAACCUGCUUUAAUCUACUUGUGAAAUACAAAAUAUAUAUGACGGAAAAAGAAAAAAAAACACAAAUACAGACACUUGUGUCAUUUGAGAAGCCCGUUCAUACCUGUACUUUGUGCUGGUCGUGGACAAGGCCACCACAAGGGGGGCCCAAGACAGACCAGGACUCUACAUUAUGAAUGUCUGCUGUUUUUCUUUCAUGAUUUGGUGGGUUUUUUGCUGCACUCUGAUGUAUUCUUUUCUGCAUUGGAUGGAAAUGAUUUGUUGUAACUUGGGAUUUAAGUUUAUUUUCGUGUAUUGUACUCACGGCCAGUUAAAAGUUACUUUUUGUGAUAUGAAUAACCCCCCUCCACGUUUAAACACUUUAAGUUUGACAAUCUUGUUUUUUCAAAAGUUUUUCUUCAUUUCCUCUCUGACCGAGUACAGGUAUGUACACGUCUUCCCACGCCCUGCUCUCUGUUUCCCGCGGUACCAACACAAACCAAAGACUUGUCACUUGAUUGUAUGUAAAUGGCGCCCGCCUCAAAGCUCAGCAUCCAUGUCCCCGGGCUGCACGCUCUCACCCGAGUCCUCUGUUCAUCUGUCGAGAGGUUGCUUUGUAAUUGCAUGCGAAUGUGUAUCCGCCCUGGAAACACUGCGCCGGUGGUUUUAGUGCCUGUGGGCGGGGCUUAAAGGAGGUUGGGGGCGGGGACUGAUCGGGCUUCUCUGACUGACACGCAGCAAUCUUGUGGAAGCUGGGUGAUGUUUGUUAAGACACACUGGGGCUUUAUUCCUGUGCACACGACAUGCUCAGGACUCUAUGGUUUGCUUGUCUUCAGCGGCGUGUCGCGAGGAUCUCUCGCUCUCUCUCGUGUGGAAAUGCUGUUCCUGCCUCUCAGUAUGUCCGUCUCUUCCUCGUCAUCUGAACACUGAAUAGUCCAGAACCUUUAACCCUGUUGUCUCCAGGAAUACACAUCCUGCAGUCGAUUUCAAACUCACUGCUGUGUCCUUCUCCUCCUCCUCUUCCUCCCCUUUUCCCACCUUCCGCUCUCCUUUGACAUCGUCUCUUCACGACGGACUCUGAUCGGCUGUGACACUAUGCAUCAUGGUCCUUCACUCUGCAUGGACAGUGUCCCUCUGGCCGACGGGCUUCAGUGACGCUGCGUCAUGCUUUCCUCCAGGCGGGGUCGUCGGACCCCACGAGCGCUAUCCCAAAGCAAAAAUCCAAAUAUUUAACUUUUUGACAAAUGCAGAUACCAAAGAUAUCUCUCUGUCCUGUGUCUUUCUCUGUUUUUCUCUCCCUUCCACCCUGCAGCAUGUGUAUUAAGAGACAAACCCAGCACUGGCUUUAGUCCUAGCCUCAGUAAUUCCAAAGCUAGAUGUAUAUUUUGGUAUAUUUCCGAGAAGAACGUGCGUGGAAAGCGUCUGUUUCUCGUUUGUUUGUUGUAACCUCUUUUUUGUCUGUCGCAGCAUGGAACUAAUUGCAGAAUUGUCUUACUCUUGGUAGGUUAAAGAUAUAGUAUUUUUGUAUGUUUUGGGAUUUGUCGUGUGUGUGUGUGUGUGUGAGAGAGAUUAUCAGUUCACAGCCUAAGUGACCAUAUGGCUUUCAAACAAGGAAAAAUGAGAAAGAGAAAAGAAAAAGGAACCGCCAUGUACAUAUUUCGUCUCAUGUAUGUCAAGAACUGCAUUGUGUAAAACAUUUACUACACGCGUGAACAGCUUGGGCUCAUCUAGAGGAAUGUGUCCCCGAUUUUUAUUUCCCUUUUUGUUAUUCUGCAGUCUCGUGAUGACGGUCUCUCCGGGACUCUCAGCGUCGAGGGUCCUGGUUUCCAUCGGGGACAAAUCGCUGAGCUGUGCUCUCAUUGGACGAAAAAUAAACAAAGAAACUGCCUCCAGUGUAGAACUGAGAGGUCGUGUAGGAGUUUUAAGUAUGUGAAUCAGGAUACAUAGUAGAUUUUGAUGCAUUUGUCUGCUGUAUUUUUGUUGGUUUUGUUUUUAUACACAUAUACAAAUAAUCUUUUACUGUAACUGUACAGUUCUCUUUUGUUGUAAACAUCAUUAAAACAUUUUCCAAGUGUUUUGACAUGA